AUGGGAAACUUCAAGGGCCAUGCCCUGCCUGGCAGCUUCUUCCUAAUUGCAGGGCUGUGGUGGACAGGGAAGUUCUCCCUCUGUUACGCCACCCGCAGGAGCAAGAGCACAGGAGUCGUGGCCACUAGGGCCCUCCAGCGCCGCCUGGAGGUCAUUGAGGGCACUGUCAUGCUGUCCUUCUCUGUCAUUGGUAUGCUGGCAGAGCAGUUCGUGGCAGAUGGACCCCACCUGCAUCUCUAUGACUAUGCAGAACACCGCUGGAACCACCUGAUGAACUGGCAGCACGCCACCAUGUAUCUGUUCUUCGGGCUGGCGGGCGUGGUGUCUCUGGUGGUCCACACCACUGGCGUGGCCCCCCUUGCACUGGACCGCAUGCUCCUGGCCCUCGCCUUCUUCACAGAGGGGUUUCUCUUCCUUUAUCACCUCCACGGUCGUGAAAUGCUGGAUGUGCACGUUCACCAGCUGCUGCUCUACGCCGUUUUCGGAGGGGCACUGACCAGCUUCCUGGAGGUGUUCCAACGGGGCAACAUUCUGCUGGAGCUGCUACGUGCUGCACUGAGCCUGCUGCAGGGAAGCUGGUUCUGGCAGAUUGGCUUUGUGUUGUAUCCGCCCAGUGGCCUGGUAGAGUGGGACCAGAAGGACCACAAUAGCAUGAUGUUCAUUACCAUGUGCUAUUGCUGGCACUUGGCUUUUGCCCUGCUCACUGUGUCUGUGGUCUACGGCACUGUCUGCUGGGUUGUGAGCUCUCGGUCCAAGAGGGCUCAGCCAAUGGAGAUGGGCCUUCUGAAGGCCUCUGACAAGGACCUGGAGUCUGAAGAGGACAUGUAAAGCUGUUACGCCCAGGAUUGAUAAAAUAGGGACAUACAAUAAUGACAUCACCUUACUGAUACAAAACAGAAGGGAGCUUCACCAAUCACGGAGUGUGUUGGUAACAAACAAGAGAACAACAUUGAUGAUGAUUGGUGGCACAUUCUGGCUAUUCUUCUGGGAUCCCUUUGGGAAUUACCAAACCUCAUUUUUAAGUUCUUCUCAAGGACUUUACAAAUAUUGCAGGGAUUUCAAGGGAAUCUUCCCAUGCUGUUGGUGCCAACGAGAUUA